GCCUGGUGAAAGCAGCGAGGAGGUGCUUUUGGGAGUCUGUGCUGGGAGCGGGGGACCUCGGGCGUUCAGGAGUGCGGCGGCGGAGGCUAGGCUAUAGUCGGAGCUCCGAAGGGAGUGACUAGGGGCCCUGGUGGGCAGCUUUCCUUCCAGUGCUUUUGAUUAUUCUUGCCUUUUGGUCCCAGCCGAGUGUCGCCCACUGAGCAGAGAGAUCCCCUCGCAAAACCCGGACAGACCCUCAGUCAAUUGUUGGGCGCGAGAUCGUUGGGAGCUUCGCGGUGCCUGGAGCGCGGACUGAGCGCGCCGGUUGCGAAGGAAAGGAGAGUGAAGCCGGCCACGGGCAGGAGCCCGGCGCUUGCCUGCCUCUUUCGUUCGCCCUAGCGUGUCCGCUCGCACAGGGCGCAGGGCGCGCGCGAUGAAGGCGGUGAGCCCGGUGCGCCCCUCGGGCCGCAAGGCGCCGUCGGGCUGCGGCGGAGGGGAGCUGGCGCUACGCUGCCUGGCCGAGCACAGCCACAGCCUGGGCGGCUCGGCGGCUGCGGCGGCGGCUGCUGCAGCCGCACGCUGCAAGGCGGCGGAGGCGGCGGCGGAGGAGCCAGCGCUGUGCCUGCAGUGCGAUAUGAACGACUGCUACAGCCGCCUACGAAGGUUGGUGCCUACCAUCCCGCCCAACAAGAAAGUCAGCAAAGUGGAGAUCCUGCAGCACGUUAUCGACUACAUCCUGGACCUGCAGCUGGCCCUGGAGACGCACCCGGCUCUGCUGAGGCAGCCGCCCCCACCGGCGCCACCGCACCACUCGGCCGGGACCUGUCCGGCAGCUCCGCCGCGGACUCCGCUCACAGCGCUCAACACCGACCCGGCCGGCGCGGUGAACAAACAGGGCGACAGCAUUCUGUGCCGCUGAGCCGCGCUGUCCAGGUGUGCGGUCGCCUGAGCCCGAGCCAGGAGACUAGAGAGGGAGGGGGAAGAGCAGAACUUAGAGAAAAAAUGGCACCGGAGGAAAGGAGAAAACAUCAGCAAAUCCUAGAAACGUUUUCACCCGUCAUUCCAAGAGCGAGAGGAAAGAAAAUUAAAACUUUCAUCUUUUUCUUUUUGCACGUUCAUAAAGUCUACAUCCGUAUUCUCUUUUGUCUCUUCAUUUAUAACCGC